GGCCACAUGUGCACCACCCUCAUGCAAAGUAUAUUAGUGGGUUUUAGUAUAUAAUGAGUUUGUGAGAAAGAUUUAUUUAGCAAGGCAAGAGUGUGAAGAAGUGCACAAGAGAGGAUAAUGGCAUGUUUGUGGUUAAGAUUGAACAUUAUUCUAAUACUAACAUAACACACAAACACAUGAUGGAUGGUUGCAAGUAAAUGGGAAGAUGCAGUCUGCAGGAGGGCAUUAAGUGUGAAAUUAAAUUUGAGAAUUUGGCAGCUGAAUGCUAUAAAUAUAAAAAACAAAAUAAUGUCUUCUCUCAUAUUCAUUUAUCAGCUACCAAACCAACACCAUCACUCUCCCCCUACAGCAAAUUCUCUUCAUUUUCCCAACCCCAACCAAAACCUACCUUGUUACAAACGCAACUGCCUUCCUCCUCCUCCUCCUCUUAUUAUUAAUCAACCAAAAGAAGUCAAUGUCAAUCUCUUCGACGCCGCCUCUUCUUCUUCCAUUAACCAACCGCACUGAUCAACAGCCCCGUCCUUCUCCCUUUCAAACUCUUAAACCUAGCAUCCUUGUUAUUCUCUUAAUCCUCUCCAUUACUUUCCUCCUCUCCAUCUCUCUCUGCCUCCUUCUCCGCCAUCUCAACCGCCGCUGUCUCCGCCACCUUUCUCCCUCUCCUCCCUCCCCCUCCCCCGCCCCCUCCCCCCCCACCAUCACUGCUUCCAACCGUGUUUCACCUGAAUCUCCUGCUUUCUCCAUUAUCGACUCUCUCCCUCUUUUCACUUUCAGCUCCAUCAAACGCCGUUCCACUAGCUCCUCCGGAGACUGCGCCGUUUGCUUGUCUAAGUUCGAACCCCAAGAUCAGCUCCGUCUCCUGCCGCUCUGCUGCCAUGCUUUUCAUAUCCAUUGCAUAGACACGUGGCUUCACUCUAAUCAGACGUGUCCUCUCUGUCGAUCUCCAAUUCAUGCCUCAGACUCGGACCUCUUAAAGUCGCUCUCACCUGAUGCUGCACCUCCAGAAAGCUUCCGACUUGAGAUCGGCUCCAUCAGUCGGCGCCAAACAGCGUCUGAGCCAAGAAGUUCCUACUCCGUCGGCUCAUUUGAGUACGUAGUGGAUGAAGACUCAGAGGUUACCAUGAGCCAAACGCAUAGGAGAAGUGUUUCGGAUAAGGAAGGUGGAACUCAUUCGAGGCAGGACUCUAACCUAGCCUCCCAAGUAUCCGGAGGCGGGAGGAGUUGGCUCAAGGACUACGUCGACAGACUGUCCAGUUCUCUAUCGUUUCGAAGUUCUGGAAGGCUCUUCACCGGAAGCAGUCGUCGAAGUGAGAUUGGUAGUCUCGGAGAUUACGACGUCGAAGCAAAUCGGGUGGGAGAGGAAAUCACCGAAAUGUUCCGUUGGUUCUCGGGGGUAUGAAUCGUAAAUACGUGCCAUGUAGUCAGGCCAAUUCUAAUUCACCGGUUUACCUUUGUGCACUCUAUUUUUUGCUCUAACUAGUCUAAAAUGGAAAAGCACGAGAAUGACGUCACGCGACAAAUCCAAAGAAAGGAGUGGAGAAAGCAAAAUAUGAUGUGGAAAGAAUGGUAUACCUUGCUUCCUGAUCCUGCCAUCUUUGCGUUGGUGUAGAUAAGAUAAAAGUAGGAAAAUUGAUCGGGAAUCUAUGAAGAUGCCACUAUGAGAUGGAGGUAAGGUUUGAAAUUGUACGCAAAUGUUCAUAUCGUACCAUACCAUGCAUACCUCUUUUUUCUUUUUUGAUCGUCAAUGGUGGACUCGUAUUGUACUGCAUUAUAUACUCUCUCGUGGACUCUGAUUUCCGUAGCACUCAAAAUUCAUCACUUGAUCGUAAUAAAAACUUAGCUCUUUGAAUUCAAGGGCUAUUAUA